AUGGCUCCCCUCGAGGUCGCUCCGGUCCCUGCUCCGAUCGAUUUGGAGAUGGAGAAGCCCAAGAAGUCGCGGGCGGCAUCCCCCGCCCCACGCAAGGACAAGGAGGAGUCGGAGGGAGAGCUGAAGCCAUGGAAGGAGAGUGGCAAGGACGUCAAAGCCAAGAGCACCGACAGCAAGCAGGCAGCGGAGGAGCCAAAGGAGAAACCUGCUCAGAAGACAGGCCACUUCCGCUUGCUUUGCGCCGGGAUUGUCUCGAGCCUGCUGUGCCUCACAGCUGUCAUGUUCAUGGUGCCCUUCACGUCGAUUCAGGACCUGGCCCUGCGUGGUGUCGUGGAUUUGAAGGUGCCUUGCCUCGUGGUAGUGGUCCUUGGGGCCUUGGCCAUCUCGACUUGGUUUGCUGUGAAGCAGGUGAGGAAGUAUCGCGCCAAGAAGGCCGUUUGA